AUGUGUCUGUCAGUCAAACACACUCUGAGCUCACUGCCGACACCUACAGGUGACGACUGUAAGAAGAAGCAGCUCUUGGAGACGGACGCCGUCACCUCUUCCUCGAGGUCGUCACUGGCUGCCUGUGUGUUGGGGCUGAUGUGGAGCACUGCUGUUUUCACAGGUGACAUCCUCCGGUGGCUCAGCAGACGAUGGCAUCACAUGACUGCUCCUGACCGCGCAGUCCUGCUGACUCGGUUCCCGCACAGAUUUUUCCUGCUCCUUGUUCCUCUGCUGCUCUUCCUCGUCGGCCCGUGUUGGUUUGGCCUCGCCAGCCUACAAUCCAUCCUCGCAGCUUUAAACAUCACAGAUUGGACGACAGUGGUCUCGGACGUCCCCGCUCUGUCCUCUAUGUAUAGCUUCAUGUCCGCACAAAGUCAAUCAGCAGAGGGCGCUGCGGAGGAGUCAGGGGAGGUACAGCUGUACGAGGAGCCGCUCUAUGCUCGACCUCCACCAGCCGAGGAGGAAGAGUCGGACCGGCUCAUCGGUCUGGAGCAGAGUCUGACGGUGCUAUGGGAGCGCGUGGAGGCCGGAGGGCAGCAGGCAGAGCAGAGACACAGGGAGGUUCUCGGGCUGUACGCCGACCUCCAGCAGCGGGUCUCUGCUCAGAGCAGCGAAGACGACCUGCAGCUAUGGCUCAGCCGCCUGAUUGACCAUGAGCUGACUGAGCUGAGGAGGCGCCUGGACGAGGAGCGACAGCAGAGGGAGCAG